UUUAAAUUUUGAGCCAAAAAAGGGCGAAGAAUGAGGGAAAAUAGAAACUAAUUAUAUAUUAUUAGUCCACAAGAUUCCAAUAAUUGGAAAACCACCACCCCUCAUUAAAUAAGCUGACGUGGACCACCAAACCCACUAAUAAAUUUUUCAUUUCCAGCACACAAUCUCCACCGUCGGAUCCCGAAAGUCGGCGGCGUCAAUCACCACUUAAAACAGAGAACAAACGACAGAAUAUGAGUCCACGCGUCUAAUUACUAUUGGCUCACCCCGUUUCCACAGUUCAGGCCCAAAACUUUUUUAUUUUUAUUUUUUAUUUUUUUUUAAUUUUUUCAUUUUCUUCGAUAUGGUAAAAAACCUCAACAGAAUUGUGAUAGGAACCACCGAUCGGAUCCACCGAGAUCGUUGAUUUUGUUUCAUUUUUUUUUUCAUUUUUUGUUUCAAUUUGUAAAGUUUAUUUUUAGAGAAAUUGAAUUCCAGAGGGGUGUUUCUGGAAUUUUUUGAUAAAUCUUUCGCCGGCUGAGAGGCGUCGAUUUCUGUAGUUGCUGUGCAAUUUGUCCCCGGCGAGGGUUUUGUGGAUUGAGGGAGGAAGAAGAUGGUGAAUUCUAUGGUGGAGAGGGCGACGAGCGAUAUGCUAAUCGGUCCUGAUUGGGCUAUGAAUAUUGAGAUCUGCGAUAUCUGCAAUCACGAUCCUGCACAAGCGAAAGACGUUGUAAGAGGUAUAAAGAAGCGUCUUGGUAGUAGAAAUCCAAAAGUGCAGCUUCUUGCCUUAACGCUUUUGGAGACCGUUGUCAAGAAUUGCGGUGAUAUUGUCCAUAUGCAUGUUGCAGAGAAAGAUUUACCUCAUGAGAUGGUGAAGAUUGUGCGAAAGAAGCCAGACUUUCAUGUAAAGGAGAAGAUAUUGAUUCUAAUAGAUACUUGGCAAGAAGCUUUUGGAGGAUCAAGGGCAAGAUACCCCCAGUACUUUGUAGCAUACCAGGAUUUAUUGCGUCUUGGGGCAGUUUUCCCACAGAGAACUGAGACGACGGCUCCUGUUUUUACACCUCCACAAACACAACCGUUGACAUCUUAUCCCCCAAAUAUUCGUAAUCCUGAAGCUAGACCUGAUGCUGCUGAAUCUUCUGCAGAAGCUGAAUUUCCGACAUUGAGCUUGACAGAACUUCAAAAUGCACGUGGUAUCAUGGAUGUUCUUGCAGAAAUGCUGAAUGCUUUAGAUCCUGGUAACAAAGAGCAGGGACUAAAGCAGGAGGUUAUUGUGGAUCUGGUGGAACAGUGCCGUACCUACAAGCAAAGAGUGGUGCACCUUGUUAACUCGACCUCGGAUGAGUCACUUCUAUGCCAAGGCCUAGCACUGAAUGAUGACCUACAACGUGUAUUGGCUAGGCAUGAAUCAAUUUCCUCUGGUGUUACCUCUGUUCGAAUAGAGAAGCCAAAUCCUGAACCUUCCAAAGCUUUGGUCCCCGUUGAUGAUUUUCUUAUCGACACUGGUGAUAGCAAACAACCAGAUAAAGGAUCUACAUCCGGUACUAGCUUAGGAGCACAGCCGACAACUAACGGUCAGUUGACAACUCCAACAAAGGCUGAUCCUAAGAUAGAUCUUUUGAGUGGAGAUGACUUCAACUCACCCACAGCAAACUCAAUGGCACUUGUUCCGGUGGAGGGGCAGCCUCAGCCUGCAAGCCCUGUUGCAUCUCAGCACAAUGCACUUGCCCUUGUUGACAUGUUUUCUGGGAGUAAUAUUAACACUCAAUAUGUGAAUUCCGUUGGACAAGCACCCUAUCAUCCUUCAUCUCCUCGAUUUCAACAACAACCCAAUUUCAAUUCUCCACAGCCUUUGUUUUACCCAAAUGGAAAUGUUUCUGGCCCUAUGCCACCUCAGCAUGAACAGCAUUACAUGCAAGGCUCCCCUCGUGCCUGGAAUGGUCAGAUUCCCCCGCAACAGCAGCCACCCUCACCUGUUUAUGGUGGUCAAAGCAGCGGCGCACUUCCACCUCCACCAUGGGAAGCACAACUAGAUAACAGUCAAGCUGCCUUCAGCCAGCAUCAACAAAUGCAUUUGCAAGCCCCUCAACAGGCGCCAGAUGGCACGUACCUUCCAGGAUCGCCAACUAUGGGAAAUUACCAGAAUAACCAAAUGGUGGUGGGCAUGCAGCCUCACCCAAUGCAAGCUGGCCACGUGGCUAUGUAUCCUCAGCCAAUGCAACCUGGUCAUGUGGCUAUGUACCCUCAGCCAAUGCAAAAUAUGUACCCUCAACCAAUGCAAAAUAUGUAUCCUCAGCAAAUGGCUGGUUAUGGCUACAACUAUGGUUAUGGCCAAGGUCAACAGCCAAACGCAAACGCAAACGCAAAUGCAAAUGCAAAUGCACAGUAUCUACAGCAAAGCAUGUCUGGAUUAUCUAUGAGAGACGAUAAUGCCGCCAGAAACUAUUCACCCUAUUCGGUUCCCACUCCAUCUUACGUGCCGCAGUCUGCAAGGCCUUCUAAGGCAGAGGACAAGCUAUUCGGAGACCUUGUCGACAUUUCUAAAUUCAAACCGGGGAAAACCACACCAGGUAGAGCUGGGAGCAUGUGAUGUAUUUCGGCUUCGUUUCGCCUUUGUUUUAUUUUGUUUGCUAACUUGCGCUUGCUCCACUUCUUAGCUUUUUUUUUUUUUUGGGUAAUAUAAUUCUUCACAUUCAUCUUAUUGUGUUGAUUGCAUUUUUUUUUUCUUGCCUUGCUUCUGUUUUUGCAUUUUGUUUUGGGUUUAUUGUCUUUAGAAUUAAUUAUGUACAUUUCAUGUAGAAAAGGAGAACUCAUAUAAAGUGAAAGGAAAGAAUCAUUUUCUUUUAUGUUUCUU